UGAAGAUAGUAGUUAUGAAAAACAUAAUAAUCCAAUUAAACGAAAAACUUCAAUGCAUUCAGUUUUAGGUUCACCAAAAAAAACGAAUAAGAAUUUAGUAGAUGAUUUGACUACACCAACAAAAAAUUUGAACUUAAGGCAAAAGGAAAUACAUUCAAACAAUUCUAAUGAUAGACAAUUUGGCUUAAACUCUAUGGCAAAUACCCCAGGUUCAACUAAAAUAUCCAAAAAAGGUUAUGAUAAUAGUUCAGAAUCUUGGUUGAGUUCACCAUUAGAAAAUUGGAAUACUAGUCAAACAAUUAAUAUACAUUCAAAAAGUUCUAAUGAAAGACAAUUGGCCUUUAUAGCAAAUACUCCAGGUUCUUCUAAAAUACCCGAGAAAAUUGUAAAUUCAGUAUCUUGUUUGAGUUCACCAUCAGGAAAUUGGAAUGUUACUCAGGAUAAUAGUGAUAUUUUAGUAAAAUCAAACAGAUGUAAGAGGCGUAUAGAUUUCAAUUCAAUAGUAAACACUACUCCAGAUUCUUUUAAGGUAUCUAAUGGCAGAAAUGUUAGAACCACAUCUGAUGAAAAAAUAGAUUUACUUCUUCGUGCUGUUACCAAUUUAAAAUAUGAAAUGAGAGAACAUGGUAUUAAAAUAGAAAGACUAGAACAAACCAUAGUUAAUAACUGUUUAAGCAAGAAGAUAGUUGAAUACAAUGAUAAUACCACAGAUGAUAUAUUUGAUUUUCCAAUAAAAACUUUGGAAGAAUUAAGUAUAUUUGAAGACAAAUUAUUAGAUAAUACUUUUCGACUUCAAAUGAUAAAUUAUCUAUCCAGAUUGGAACGUCCAAAGGUUGCUGAUAUGACAAGACAGAUAAUGGCCAAAAUUUUUCAUAAUAAUAUACUCUCUGUGCAUUCUUAUGUUGGGCAAAAAAAGAAAAAUGUGUUUUCUGUGCUGAAUUCUUGUUCAUUAAUAUUUGCAACAAUAAGAAGCAUACCAAAACAUAAAAAUUGUACUGAUCUUGAAAUUGUUGGUCCAUUAAAAAUGUUCAUGGCUAAUGCAAAGUUCCGUGAAGAAAAAAAGCAGCAAAAACACGAAUCCAUCUCUAAAUAGCAUAACUAUAUAAAUACUAUUAUAAUAUUGUUAUUAGGUUAUUAUGGUAUAAUAUUAAAAACAUAUAAGACUAUGUAAUUUAAAGUAGAUAUAUGUG